GCCAAACCCAUCAGACCAUGUCGACACCGAGAGCUCCUCCGAGCCUGGCCACGGCGGCGACGGCUAUCCUGGCCGUCCUGGCCGCGGCGCUCGUCACCACGGGAGCUCGCGCGCAAAUGUGCGGCGCGCAGGCCAACGGCGCCAAGUGCGCGAACUGCCUCUGCUGCAGCCGCUUCGGGUUCUGCGGCAGCACGGCCGACUACUGCGGCGCCGGCUGCCAGACCCAGUGCAGCGGCUGCGGCAACACUCCUACCGGCGCCAAGGCCGUGGCGUCCAUCGUGUCCAGGGCCCUCUUCGAGCGGCUCCUCCUACACCGCAAUGACGCGUCGUGCCUGGCCCGCGGGUUCUACACGUACGACGCGUUCCUCGCGGCUGCCGCGGCGUUCCCUGCCUUCGCCGGCACGACGUUCAGCACCAACACGCGGAAGCGGGAGGUGGCCGCGUUCCUGGGCCAGACAUCCCACGAGACCACCGGCGGGUGGCCGACGGCGCCCGACGGCCCCUACUCGUGGGGCUACUGCUUCAAGCAGGAGAGGAACCCGCCGUCCAACUACUGCGAACCCAGGGAGGAGUGGCCGUGCGCGCCCGACAAGCAGUACUAUGGCCGCGGCCCCAUCCAGCUCUCCUACAACUACAACUACGGACCGGCGGGCCGCGCGAUCGGCGAGGGCCUGCUGAACCAGCCGGAGUUGGUGGAGACAGACCCGGUGGUCUCAUUCAAGACGGCCCUAUGGUUCUGGAUGACCCCGCGGGGUAACAAGCCGUCGUCCCACGCCGUGAUCACGGGGCAGUGGAGGCCGACGCUCGCAGACUUGGCCGCCGGCCGGUUUCCCGGAUACGGCGUGAUCACCAACAUCAUCAACGGCGGGCUCGAGUGCGGGAUCGGGCAGGACUCACGGGUAGCCGACCGGAUCGGGUUCUACAAGCGCUACUGUAAUGUUCUCGGUGUCAGCUACGGGAGCAACCUGGAUUGCUACAGGCAGAGGCCAUUCACUAGCUGAGAAAUCAGCUUCUCAGUUGGGCUCGUGGGUGACAACUGGUCACUCGCGACGGGUCCAUAAGGGCCCAGCUGGCUUCCUUAAUUUCUCUCAUUAUUUUGGAGACCUAAAUGUUUUCCAUUUUUCACGGAGGCGGAAAAAAAUAUCCUAGAUCCUCAUUCUGAGGACUUAUCAUGUUGGAUCCACCAUCUCCAACCAUACAAAUCAUCGUUAUCGUCGUCACCAACAAAAGGCAUUGUGGGGUGCAUCUUCAUCUGCACCAUCUUCACAAACAGCACCGUCUACAUCUUUCAAUGUCACCCCCAUGUGUUAGUUUAUGUAUGUUAGUUGAUGCUUUAUGUUUUAUUGGUAUGAGAUCCAAAUUUUCA